CUCGUAUGACGUUUUGUCACGUGAUUCUUAAGUACCAGCUAACUGGUUGCAAAUUUUGGCAUUUUCUUCCGUUAAAAAACAGCACUUUUUAAGAAAAAAAAAUUCAUGCUUUGUAAGUGAAAUGGCCACUAUCUUGGAUAUUAGAUUGAAGCGAGCAAACAAAGUUUACCACGAAGGGGAAGUUCUCUCUGGAGUGGUGGUGGUAAAUACUAAGGAAAUUGUACAACACCAGGGGAUUUCUCUCACAAUGGAGGGCACGGUGAAUCUCCAGCUCAGCUCUAAGAGUGUUGGUGUUUUUGAGGCAUUCUACAACUCUGUUAAACCCAUUCAGCUGAUUAACAGUAACAUUGAAGUGGUCAAAGCAGGAAAAGUUCCAAGUGGCAAGACAGAAAUCCCCUUUGAAUUUCCUCUGCACGUAAAAGGGAACAAAGUUCUUUAUGAAACCUACCAUGGUGUCUUUGUUAAUAUCCAGUAUACCCUAAGGUGCGACAUGAAGCGCUCGUUGUUGGCCAAAGAUUUGAACAAGACUUGUGAGUUUAUUGUGCACUCUAUGCCACAGAAGGGAAAGCAGGCACCCAGUCCAGUGGUCUUCUCUAUCUCUCCAGAAACUCUCCAGAACGUGAAGGAGAGGACCACUCUCCCUAGGUUCAUGAUCCGCGGGCGACUUCACACAACUAACUGUAUUAUCACCCAGCCUUUGACCGGGGAGUUGGUGGUCGAGCACUCCGAAGUACCCAUCAAGAGCAUCGAGCUGCAGUUGGUUCGAGUGGAGACAUGUGGCUGUGCUGAAGGGUAUGCCAGAGAUGCCACUGAAAUUCAGAAUAUUCAGAUAGCAGAAGGAGAUGUGUGCCAUGGUUUACCAAUUCCCAUAUACAUGGUGUUUCCAAGGCUCUUUACAUGUCCAACAUUAGAAACAACAAACUUCAAAGUGGAGUUUGAAGUGAAUAUCGUGAUUGUUCUUCAAGACGAUCACCUCAUCAGUGAGAAUUUUCCUCUGAAGUUAUGCAGAGUCUGAUCUUUAUAAGAAAUUCACUGUGAGAACAUACAUAAUGAAGACGAAAGUGGUUUGUGGACACUUGCUGGAAUACACAGAAGUAUGGGAUUUACAGUUCAAAAACGACAAAACUGUUGACCAUUUCCACCCUAAUAUAUUGCACUAUUGAAGACGCCCUCGCUACAAAACACACAGUAUCGAGUAUGAAAGUGAAAAAUCUCUUCACACGUUCAUGAUUCUCUCCUGCAUGCAUGGUCGAUGGAUAAGUAGACAUGUUUAAUUUUAGCCAAGUUAAAAAAAGACACAUUUCUGAAACAUUUUAAGUUGUAUACUACAGUACAGCAUAUAUGUUGAUACUUAUUAGGGUACAUAAUGGAAGACAUGAAUUUUGACUAUAAAUGCACCAGACUGUAAAAAACACAUUAAAAGAAAUGGAGCCUUUCAAACAUUGCGUUAUAAAUACAAUAUAUAUUUUUUUCAGCGUUCACAAAUAAUGGUCUGGUUUAUAAGGUGCACUUCUAUUGCACAAAGAAAUCCCCAAUCACUGGCAUCCAUUCCAUUGUCCAUUUAAUCAUUCUGGUUUGAACAGAUUUGUUUUUGUGCCGUGUUUUGUCAUUUGUGUUAACAGCUAUUAUAAAUAUUAAUUAUUAUUGUAGCAA